AUGUCAUGGUUGUCGAGAGAAACGGUUGCUCUAGAAAUUUUUUACACCGAUAAUCAACCCUAUACAUCAAUUUUACGAAUUCAAUUGGCAGCCGAGAUUCUUGGAAUGCAGCUGACCAAGACGGAUAUGGAAGCCGAUAUUAUAAUCGUUCAGGCGCCGGUGGCAACACAAACAGAAGCUGAGGCUAAGGCAGCUAGGCAACAAAGAAGAGCUGAUCAAUCGCUUAAUACAGCCGUUUGUCAAGUCAUGUGA